AUGACAGAGAUCGCGUCACCCAGCCCAACACACGCAAAUCUGCCUGCAACUCCCGGCGAUAAUGGUCAACACCACGAGCAACCGCCAUCCGCCACGGGCCCGGAAACCACGAAAUCCGUCAAACAUGACCCCGAUAAUCCAUCCCAGGCCACUAACGGAUCUGAUAAUUACAAACAAACUCUUGAAUCGCCCGAUGAGCAGCAGACCGAGACCAAAACUCCACAGAGUAACGGCGUCCACGCGCGUGAGGCACCGAGCACCGACGACGGACCCCCGGCCAAACGACGCCGAGUACGCGCCACAACCCCAAACAACACGGUGCGCAAACCGAAACCCGAGUCGCCGCCAUGGAAAAAAAUCGAAGCAGAGGGCCCGUCGACUUUCAUGGGUGGCGACGGGCGACGAAAGUCCGGGCGCAUUAAUACCGUGCCCCUCGAGCUGCAGCCUGGCGACAAGCGUAUAACGAGACGAGUAUCACACAAUCAGCAGCCCAGCCCGCCCAAGAACCGCAAUGGGUCAAGCAACGGGCACGCGCUGUCAACGCCCAGUGCAUCCACUAAGCGUGCCGUGUCCUCGAGCAAGCAGCCGCCGCCGAGGCAGGCAAUUAACAAGGCCCCUUCACGAAAAUCCGCAGCACAGGAACCGAGGCGGGUUGCCACACCUGCAAAGCAAUCUCUUGGCACGCGCCGCUCGACGCGUCAUCUUAAGGAAACCGACGACGAUGGUGAUGAGACACCCGGCGGGGUCCGCACAACUCCCCGCAUCAAACUGCGGGUCAGGCCACCGCUAACAACGAUACCCCUUGUCCACCGCGAACAGGCAAAUCUCCGUCCAAAGCUCGGCCCCAGUUUCGAGGAGUUCUUUGAGCGCGCGGCGGAGAUACCAGUAGAGCAAGGGGGUCUUUUCGUGCCAGCGGACGAUGGCCCACGAUACACGGAAGAGACGAUAUUGGAAGAUGCCCGACUCAUUCUGCGCGUGGAGAAAGAGGUGGAACCUGGUGGUACCCUCGCCGAGGGGAGGUGCUCAGUGUUUGAGCCUGAGCCUGAGGAGGAACCGAGGCACUGGGCGCAUGCGGACCAUCUCCUCAAGGCGAUGUCCAACUUUCGAAAACUGAUGCUCGACGAGCAGCGGCGGCACCGAGCCACGGCUAAAAGGCUUGCUAUCGCCUGUGAGGCUGAGUGGAGAAGGCGGAACCCGCAGCCGAAAACGGCAGAGGAGAUCGAGCUCGAGCAGAUGGAUCAGAGCAAGGCCAGGUGGCGACAAGUCAACAGGGUAAUCGUGGGUACCUGGGAAAACGUUAGGGCGGAGGUGAACCGCACGCGGUUGGCGGAAUGGGAAGCAGAGGAGCAACGGCGAGUCAAGGCGGCUCUCAACAUGGCUGUCAGUGCCUCGGAGAAAAAGCUCAAGGCUAGACAGACUCGUUUCGAUACCGAGGAACUUUCCGACGAAGACUUGACCGACGACAUGGUCUCGGAUGGGGAUGACGAAGAUGGGUUGGAUGGCGACUCGGAGCCCUCCGACGAUAUGGCGGAAGUGGAUGUUGACGACGAAGAUAAUAUGUCGUCCUCGGAUGACGAUGAAGACAAACAAUCCGAGUUGUCAGAUGAGGGCCUUACACAAGAACAGCUGCUGGAGAAGUACGCUGAUCUGCCAGCCUUGGAUACCUCAUCUGAACAGAAGACGGGUUCAGAGGGAGCGGCCCUUGGAGACGAAACUACAACUCCAGCUCCCGAUUUUGAUGACACCAGCGACGAGUCGAUCGAUAUGGAUGAUGACUUGGGGUCGACCGAGGAGGAAUCGGAGGAGGAUGGCGAUGAACAUAGCAACGAUGAAGCCGAGGAGUCUGAAGGUGAACCCGGCGGGCUCCUCGGCCUUUUGUUCGGAAAGUCAGAGCUGAAGAAGCUGCAGGAUGAGGCUGCUGCUGAAGAACCCCCUACACAAGACGUCGAAAUGGUUGAUGUCGAUGUUGCCCCGACCCCCGAAGUGGAAGUCGACGGCCACGACCAUGAUGAGGGGGCUGCGAAGGGGACUGACCAACUAGUGGCGACCGAAACGCCCGGUGCAGUAACGGUACCAGGGCAGGGCCCUUCGUCUUCGGCCCUGUCUGGCAAGGAACACAGCCAGGAGCCUUCCAAAGGGGUUGGCAUGCUGGAUGUUGCAGCACAGCCAUCCUUGGUGGCUACCGUGAAUGGCGCGUCGACGGGCCCGGCUACACCAUUGUUAGGAAGCAUACCCCUUGCGACCAUAGUCGAUGAAGAGGAGGAUAUGCCAAUGACGGAUGCUCUAGGAGGCUUGGAAAGGACUGAGAAGAUCGAGGCGCUUCUGAUCCCAUCAAUAACGCACCAAAGCCCGGAAACCGAGCCGAUCACCAUAGUACAUAGUCCGUCCGGAAGUCAGUCGCCACGGGCAUCCGACGACACCAAGCCGACCGAUGCGGAGACGCCUACCUCAGUGUCUUUGCUUAAUCCGCCCAAGACGGACAGCAGAUCCACAUCGCCACAGCCCGCAGCGCCGAAAACCGAGAUACCAUUCCUCUUGCGGGGAACGCUCCGCGAGUACCAGCACCUCGGCCUUGAUUGGCUGGCCGCCCUUUAUGCUAAUAACACGAACGGCAUCCUUGCUGAUGAAAUGGGUCUCGGCAAGACCAUCCAGACCAUCGCACUCUUGGCACAUCUGGCCUGCCAUCACGAAGUCUGGGGCCCUCACCUAGUCAUCGUGCCCACAAGUGUCAUGCUCAACUGGGAGAUGGAGUUCAAGAAGUGGUGUCCCGGGUUCAAGAUCCUCACUUAUUAUGGCAAUCAAGAAGAACGCAGGAGGAAACGCCAUGGGUGGAAGAACGAUGAUAUCUGGAAUGUGUGCAUUACGUCUUACCAAAUGGUUCUCCAGGAUCAGCAAGUCUUCCGGCGAAGACAGUGGCAUUACAUGAUUCUUGACGAAGCCCACAACAUCAAGAAUUUCAAGUCGCAACGCUGGCAAACACUCCUCGGCUUCAACACGCAUUCCCGGCUGCUCCUCACCGGCACUCCGUUACAGAACAACCUCACCGAGUUGUGGUCGCUGCUCUACUUCCUAGCCCCCCCUGAGAACGGCGAAGGCGGAUUCGUCGACCUCAAGGAAUUCCAUAAUUGGUUCUCUAGGCCGGAAUCACAGAUCCUUGAGAGCGGGCGGGAGCAGUUAGACGACGAAGCGCGUGCCAUCAUUUCGAAGCUGCACAAGGUUCUCCGGCCAUACCUGCUCCGCCGUCUCAAGGCGGAUGUCGAGAAGCAGAUGCCAGGAAAGUACGAACACGUCGAGUUUUGCCGGCUCUCCAAACGCCAGCGCGAGCUGUAUGAUGGUUUCCUGUCUCGUGCCGACACACGGGAAACCCUGAACUCAGGGAAUUACAUGUCCAUCAUCAACUGCCUCAUGCAACUCCGGAAGGUGUGCAACCACCCAGACUUGUUCGUCGACCGACCUAUCAUGUCGUCGUUCCGCAUGCAGCGGUCGGUUGCCUCGGACUUUGACGUCCGCGACCAGCUCGUGAGGAAGAAGUUAUUAGCCGUGAAACCGAUGGAAGCUGUCAGCCUCAGUUUUCUCAACAUGAUCCCCACGCAAUACGAGGGCAUGUCCAGCACAGACGCCGACCGAAUUUCGCAGCUCAGCACCCACCGCAUCCUGCUCGACCUAAGGGAGGCCCAGAAGACGCGGGCCAAUAACGCCUACCAUGCACUGGACCCGGCUUCGGUCAAGUCCAACCUGGUGUAUCUAGAGAGCGCCGCGCGGUGGGGCCGCUUCGAGGAGCUGCAGCACUGUGUGUAUCUGAACGCGCUCCGUCGCCAGCAACGACCCAUCUACGGCAAGCGGCUCGUCGAGAUGCUGACGCUGGAUACCCACCGCCGGCCCUUCAAGCAACGGCCCAAGGUGCCGCAGAAGAUCAUGAGCUGGUUCGAAGAGGACUUGCACCUCUUGCACAACGCCAUCCCGACGCUUCAGCAGCGGGCGGACUCGAUGGAGACGACCAUCAGCAAGUUUGCCUGUGUUACGCCGGCCGUCGUGGCGGGCGACAUGGGCAGGCUAUUGUUGGGGCCGAAGGGAGUGGAGUCGUUUGUAGAGACGGACCUGAAGCUGUCGGCGCCGGUCAAGUACGCGCCGUUCAUGCCAAAGGAGCGACCCGCAGACCCGUGGCACGAAGCACGCAUGCGGCUGUCGAUUCAGUUCCCCGACAAACGUCUCCUCCAGUACGACUGCGGCAAACUGCAGACCCUCGACAAGCUCCUUCGCCGGCUGCAAGCUGGAGGCCACCGCGCCCUGAUCUUUACGCAGAUGACCAAGGUGCUGGACAUCCUUGAGCAGUUCCUCAACAUUCACGGUCACAAGUACCUCCGGCUGGAUGGCGCGACCAAAGUAGAGCAACGGCAGAUCCUCACGGACCGCUUCAACCACGACCCGCGCAUUUUGUGUUUCAUCCUUUCGACGCGGUCUGGUGGUUUGGGGAUUAAUCUUACGGGGGCCGACACAGUCAUCUUCUACGACCAGGACUGGAACCCGGCCAUGGACAAGCAGUGCCAGGACCGGUGCCACCGCAUCGGGCAGACGCGCGACGUGCACAUCUACCGGCUGGUCAGCGAGCACACCAUUGAGGCCAACAUCCUGCGCAAGGCCGGACAGAAGCAGAUGCUCGACGACGUGGUCAUCCAAGAAGGCGAGUUCACGACCGACUACUUCAACAAGCUCUCGGUGCGCGACGUCAUCGGCACCGAUGGCGAGGUGCUCGCCAACGAGGACGACGUCGCGGCAAACGCGGCCAUGGACCGCAUCCUCGGCGGCGUCGAGAGCAGCAACCCGCGCAGUGCGGGCCGCGUGCUGGAGCAGGCCGAGGAUAAAGAGGACGUUGCGGCCGCGCGCGUGGCGGAGAAGGAGAUCCAGCAGGACGAUGCCGACUUCCUCGAGCAGCAGCCCGCGUCGGGCGUGUCGAGCGUCGGGCAGGCCACGCCCAGGGAGAGCACCACCGAGCUCAUGUCGGCCGUGGGCAGGUCGGGGCUGGGACUGUUUGCUGAGUCGGCGGAGGACGGGGUGGUGGAGGCCGAGCAGGGGGUUGAGGUGGAGCAUAAUGCGUUCGGGGAGAGGAUGCGCACCAUCGAUGAUUACAUGCUGCACGCCCCUUCCGGCGCAAUCCCCGCCAGCGCCGCCUCCACGCCAUGCCACCAAUGCGCAUGCAUCUCCCGCCACCCCCUGCUCACCGCGCCAUCCACCUUCCGCACCACAUCCCGCCCAAACCGCUCCGCCGUCGGCGCCCCCCGCGGCACCCCGCGACAGUUCCCCUGGCUCCACACCUCCCCCGGCGUCACCACCACGCUAUCCACGUGCGCCGUGGCCGGGUCCGUCCCCAGCUCCCGCGCGAUGCCCGCCCCAAAGGCGCGGUUGAACGCCUUGGUCGCGCCGUACAUCACCAGCCAGGGCAGGCCGAUGUGCGCGGCCCGAGGAGAGGCUGACGAUCAGGGAGCGCUCAUGGCUGCCCUGGGGCGGGGCGGAGAGGGUGGGCAGGAGGAGGGCGGUGAGCCGCGCCAUGAAGCGCGCGUUCUGGUUGAUGACGGCGUCGACGUCGGCGGGGGUGUAGGUGGCGUGGGUGCGGAAGGGCGGGAUGGCGAUGGGGUUGCCGCCGACGUUGUUGAUAAGGAUGGUGAUGGUGAGGGGGGAGAGGGAGGCGAGGGCGGUCUGCAUCUCUUCUGGGGUGGCGGUGCGCGCGUCCAUGGGGAGGGUGCGCACGAGGGUGGCCGGGGCGGAGGGGCGGAGGGCGCGGAGCGUGGUGGCGGCGGUUUCGAGCUCGUCGGGGAGGUGGCCGAGCAGGAUCACGCCGAAGCCUUGCUCGACGAGGGCUUUGGCGAUGCCGAAGCCGAUGCCGGCGCUGGCGCCGGUGAUGAGGGCGUAGGCGUCGGUGUUGGCGCGUUUGUAUUUUUUGAGGGGUUGGGAGGGCGUGAUGAAGUGGAAGGAGAGGAAUUGGGCGGUGGAGUAGAGGAAGACAAGCACUACACCGGCGCCAAUGCCCGCGAGGGCGCCGAGGAUGGCCGUCUCCGCGUUGGGCAUGGCUAUUUUGGGCAUGGUGUCGAGGAGUGA